UAAUGCUGUCUUCCUAUUAUUUCAUGCAAUAAACUUUUAACCCUUCUCACAAAAUAUUUGAAUUCAAUUAAAAUAACUUCACCACCAUGAGGUUGUUUCUUCUGUAUUUGCAUAUUUUGCUUUUCAAUUUUCCAUCCUUUUCUUUAUCUUCUUCUAAUUUCUUAUGUCAUCCUGAAGAUAGCUAUGCCUUGCUUCAAUUCAAGUCCUCAUUCACUACAUAUACAAACUAUGCUUGUCAGGAACAACCUCAAAAAACAUCGACAUGGAAAAAUGGGACAAAUUGUUGUUCAUGGCAUGGUGUCACCUGUGAUACUGUCUCUGGUCAUGUGAUUGGUCUCGACCUUGGCUGUGAAAGUCUUCAAGGUAAUAUUUAUUCUAAUAGUACCCUUUUUCAUCUUUCUCACCUACAAUCACUCAACCUUUCUUACAAUGAUUUCUUUGGCACUCAUUUUCAUUCGAAGUUUGGUGGAUUUCAGAAUCUUACACAUCUUGACUUGUCUUCAUGUAACUUUCAAGGUGAAGUUCCUCCUCAAAUCUCACACCUUUCCAAAUUAAUAUCACUUCAUCUUUCUAGAAAUGGUCAGUUAAGUUGGAAAGAAACCACUUUGAAAAGCCUUGUGCAAAAUGCAACAAUUUUGGAAGAGUUAAUUUUGGAUGAAACAAAUAUGUCUUCAAUCCAUCCAAACUCGUUGAAUUUGAUAUUCAAUCAAUCUUCCUCUUUGACUAAUCUUAAUCUUCAAAGAUCAGGAAUAAGUGGAAAUUGGAAAAACAACAUUCUUUGUUUACCGAGUCUUCAAGAGUUAGAUUUAUCUAAAAAUGACUACCUUGAAGGCCAACUUCCAAAUUUAAGUUGUAGCACUUUUCUUAGAAUCUUGGAUCUUUCAUAUUGUUCAUUCACAGGGCCAAUUCCUCUUUCUUUCUCUAACCUCACAUAUCUUACAUCCUUAAGUCUCAUUGAUAACAGACUUAAUGGUUCAAUCCCAUCCUCACUUUUAACCCUACAAAAUCUAACUUCUUUGUCUCUCAAAGAUAAUUUGUUCAUAAGUGGUCAAAUCCCGGAUGUAUUUCCCAAAUCAAAUAGAUUUCAAAAGUUAGAUUUGAGUAGUAACAAAAUUGAAGGCCAGUUGCCAAAAUCACUUUCAAACCUUCAACAUCUUAUCAAUUUAGACCUAUCUUCCAAUUCAUUUAGUGGUCAAAUUCCAGAUGUGUUUGACGGACUAACCAAAUUACAAGAACUCCGUCUGGGUUAUAAUAGAUUAGAAGGGCAAAUUCCACCUUCAUUGUUUCGGUUAUCUCAAUUUGAUUACUUAGACUGUUCUAAUAAUAAAUUAAAGGGUCCUCUACCUGAGGAAAUAUCAGGGUUCCAAAACUUAGGUUAUUUAUUUUUGAAUAACAACUUACUAAGUGGAAAAAUUCCUUCGUGGUGUUUAUCUUUACCAUCUUUAGGAAUGUUGGAUCUAUCAAAUAAUCAAUUUACAGGAAAUAUAAGUGUCAUUUCAUCAUAUUCUUUGUAUUAUCUUAAACUAUGCAGCAACAAACUACAAGGAGAUAUUCCAGAAUCUAUUUUCAACCUUGCAAACCUAGCUACACUAUGUCUUUCAUCAAACAACUUGAGUGGUGUUGUCAAUUUUCAGCACUUCUCCAAACUUCAAAAAUUGGAUACUUUGUCUCUUUCACGUAAUAGUCAAUUAUCACUAAACUUUGAAUCUACUGUCAAUUACAACUUUUCUAUCCUAUCAACAUUGGAACUGUCUUCUGUCGGUUUGAUCGGAUAUUCAAAAUUAUCAUCAGGAAAAUUCCCUGGUUUGAGAUAUCUUGAUUUGUCCGACAAUAAACUUUUUGGAAGAUUGCCUAAUUGGUUGCUCAACAUAGAUUCAUUACAAUCUUUGGGCCUCUCUCAUAACAUGUUCGAAUCAAUGGACCAAUUCACAAGGAAUCAGUGGCAAAACCUACAGGGCCUUGAUCUUAGUUUUAACUUACUAGCUGGUGGCAUCUCUUUGUCAAUUUGCAAUAAAAGUUCGCUUAUAUUGCUCAACUUGGCACACAACAAAUUGACAGGUAACAUUCCACAAUGUCUUGCUAAUGUAUCAUCCCUUCAAGUUUUGGAUCUACAAGAGAACAAAUUUUAUGGCACUAUUCCAAAUGUUAUUGGAGAGCUUCAGGCACUCCAUGGGCUUAACCUUUCCCAUAACAGACUCACCGGUUCUAUUCCCCAAUCCAUAGGAAACUUGUCAAGCUUGGAAUCAUUGGAUCUUUCCUCAAAUAUAUUAACUGGUGUGAUUCCUGCAGAAUUAACCAAUCUGAAUGGUCUUGAAGUGUUGAACCUUUCCCAUAACCAUCUAAUGGGAGAAAUACCUCAAGGUAAGCAGUUCAAUACAUUUUCAAAUGACUCCUAUGUAGGAAACUCGGGGUUAUGUGGAUUUCCCUUGUCAAAGAAAUGCUGACCUAAGCAACAUUCUCCACCUUCAGCCAACACCUUAGGGAGUGAAGAGAACUAAUGGUUCAACCAGGAGCUAAUCGGAAGUUAGCCCAAGCAAAGAGUGGAAAGGAGGACAAGAGUGUUGAGAACUAAUGUUUCAACCAGGAAUUAGAUCGAUGGUGCAAAUGUGGUGGUUUUAUUGUUGUGAUUACUUUCUCUUCUGUGUUAGUUUUAUUGAGUUUGCUUGCAUGAAUGUAUUGUGAAUGUACUAUGCUUUAUUUAGGCAGUGUUAUUAAUAAAUAAAAGUGCAUGUUGUUUCCUCUU